GGUGGAAAGAACUCACUUUUGGGUAGUUUCGUCUCUCCGUGUACGUGAUCAGCGAGGUUAGUUGAAAAGUGGAAAUCGCACUUUAGGAGCAUUGUGAACAAUGGCAAACGGAAUAUCUCCUGCUUUGGCUAUUCGCUCCUCCACCGGAGUGGAAGUAUGGAAGUCGGACGCUUUCAGAGCUCCGUAUGUUCCGGACUCCGGAUUUGCUCGAGAUGAGAGCAAAUUGUGUCGUGCUAUUGUUUAUAGCCCUAAUGGUCGAUUUCUGGCGUGGGCAAACGGGACCACGGUGCAGAUCUGCACGGUUCCCGACUGGAAGGUGGUGCACAAGCUUCCGCGACCGAAAGCAUUCUACCUCAAAUUUUCACCAGGUAGCACGUACCUGAUGACGUGGGAACCCUACACGGAGAACCCGAAGGACGAGGUUAAGGAAAAGCCCAAUCUGUUUCUGUACGAUGUGGCCAGCGGGAAGGAGGUGUACUCCAUCAUCCAGAAGCGCCAUGCCGAUUGGCAGAUGCAUUGGGCUGCUGACGAGAGCCUGGCUGCCGUGCUGGUCGGCGGAGAAGUUCUGUUCUACGAGGUAAAGCCAAAGGCGGACUUUCCGACGAAGCCUACGAAGCGUUUGGGAGGGGCGAGGAAUGGUGGCGUGUCGGUGUCCCCCGGUCCAAGCCCACCGUACGUGGCGUUCUAUGUGCCGGGCACCAAGGGAGCGCCGUCGAUGUGUCGCCUUUUCCGCUAUCCUAACCUUGAGGCGAACCAACCGAUUGCAUCCAAGAGUUUCUUCCAGGCCGACAAGGUGGAAAUGCUGUGGAAUCAAAAAGGAACCGGUGUGCUGCUGUUGACCAGCACCGACGUCGAUCAGACCGGUCAGUCCUACUACGGCAAGCAGGCACUUCACUUCAUGACCGUAAAGGGCGACUCGUUUGCCGUUCAACUCAACACUGAAGGAUCGUUACAUGCCGUGGCCUGGAGCCCUCGGUCAACUGAAUUUUGCGUUGUGUACGGAUUCAUGCCGGCCAAGGCGACGUUGUACAACUUGAAGUGUGACGUCGUCUUCGAGUUUGGAACCGGAAACAGAAACUCCAUCUAUUACAACGAGUUUGGAAAUUUGCUGGUAUUUGGUGGCUUCGGAAAUUUGACCGGUUACGUCGAAGUCUGGGACCUCAACAAAAAGAAGCAGAUCGCUGAACUCAAGGCUCCGGAUACAACACUGCUGGAAUGGAGUCCAGUUGGAGAUGUGUUCCUGACGGCGACAACUGCUCCGAGGUUGAGAAUGUCCAACGGUUUCAAAAUCUGGCACCACACCGGUGCUCUUCUGCAUGAGACUCAUUGGCCAGAAAAGCAGGAACUGCUGGAAGUUGUCUGGCAGAAAUAUGCCUCGGGUGUUCUGAAAGAGAACACGGUGUCCAAUGAAAAAAUCGAAGGAAUUGCAUCGAAAACUCCUCAGGCUAGCAAGCAGAAGUACGUUCCGCCAGGAAUGCGGAACAGCAUAAGCGCCGGAAGUGGAGAAACGGCUAGCAGUGCUGCCUCUGCUCGGGCCCCGAUCCCGGGUCUUCCGCCUGGUUAUCGCUCAAGCGUACAACAAGCCAAGGACAAAAAGCAGAAAAACAAGAACAAACCGAAAGCGAACGACGGAACUGCCGGUCAAGCAAACCAGAACAACAAAACCGCCAACGGAACGCAAAACAACCGGGCCGCAUCCGCCGGAAACGGAGCUUCCACCGGAACAAAUCAAGAGAAAAAAUCCCGCCCAAAAACGGCUCCCAAUCCGAAUCCCAAUCCUGCUCAGGAAGAGAAUGGAAGCCCACCGGCAGCACCAAAACCGGCGGCAACCCAGAAGGGAAGCGGUGAUCCAGAAAAGGACAAAAAGAUCAAGAGCAUCAACAAAAAACUCAAGGACAUCAAACUCCUGAAGGAAAAGAACGAACGCGGAGAAAAACUGGAGCAGACUCAGAUCAUCAAGAUGAACUCGGAAGCGGAACUCAUCAAGGAACUGAAAGCUUUGAAAACGUCGUAAAUUUUAGAUUUUUAUUUCUGUUCUUGCAAUGCUAGUUCACUGCUCUUUGAAAUGAACAAUGACUCUUAACACCCCCACCUCCCCAUUUCUGUUCCUCCUCGAUGGAUGUUUGAAUAUGAUCCAGACCAAAGCAUAUUUUGACAAGCAUCCCCUCUUCAAUCUCAAGUUCAGGAUAGUGAAAUUCAAAACCCCUAACUAUUGCAUUUGUAAACUAAGAAAAUGAGUCUCUUCUGUUCAACAAAAAAAAACCGGAUAUUUUCGAGCGUCGUCUAUUUUUUGAGAGUUGGUAAUUUAGCAUGAGAACGCUGCUGUUUGUGUACUACCCUGCAGAUGCAGCAGCAACUACAAUUGUAAACGAAAGACUUACACUCAGAUGAAAAAAAAACAAGAAAAAACGUACAGCGAAUAAGGAAAUUACAAAAAAUAGCUGCAUUGUAAAAAUAUUAGUAGUAUCAUCAGCCAGAUUAUCGGAGAAAAUUUUACCAAUAAAAUCUCUACAGCGGGA